GGGUUGGCAAUACUGGUCGCCGCGAGCAACCGCGAGGUCGUAAUGGCGACGUGUAGCGCGUUGUCCGGUCCGCCUUGAGUGAAUGAUGCAUCACAAAACGGUGCUCCGUUUUCAUGCACGGUACAACGUCAAUCGAGCGAACGGACGGUACGUGUACGUAACAUUUUAACGGCGCAAUUUUGACGGAGCCGCCGACGAUCGAACGUCCGCGCCGAAAUGGACCAGGCACCCGCAGACACAGAAUUACGGAACAUCAUAGACAAACUGGCGCAGUUUGUCGCUCGCAAUGGGCCAGAAUUCGAGCAGAUGACAAAGAACAAGCAGAAGGACAACCCGAAGUUCGGUUUCCUGUUUGGGGGGGAGCACUUCAACUACUAUCAGUAUAAAGUGACUACAGAGCAAGCCAUUUUAAAGCAAAAAGGAAUAAAUCCAAUGCAAAAUGCAGACCCACGUUUAAACGUUUCGCAGCAGCAGCAAACAGCCGCAAACACCGUCUCGCAGCCACUGAAUAACGUCAAUCUUGCGUCCGGUCUGAGUACGCAAAACAAUGGAAUAAAUCCAGUAGUCGGGAUCGGACCCCAGGUGGGAAGCCAGGGCGGUCCCGUUUUACCUGGACAGAUCGGAGGGCCGGGAAAUGCAGGACCGCCGAUUGGACCGGUUUCCGGCGCCAUGGGAGGUGUGAAUCCGCCGAUCGCUGGUGUCACGCAGGCAGUUAACAUCGCGGGUCCGCCCGCGUGGCUGCAGAAUGAGCUGGCAAAUCUACAGUCGCAGCAGACGACGUUGCAGGAACAAGUGAGACAAUCAGAACAGAAUCUGGCUGCACAGCAUGCUGCAUUGAUGGCACAACAGCAGGGGAGAGUAGAGGAUGCUGUGAGGCAGGCACAGGAACAGGCUCUGCAAAACAAUGCGCAAAACACGAACACAGACUUGGCUGCAUUUGACACGGUGCUACAACCGAUCAUCGAUAGCUGCACGAAGGAUAGCAUAAGCAUAGGAAAGGCCUGGAUACUUCAGAAUUCACUUACACCGCAGAGUAAUCAAGUUGUUGCGGAUCAUUUGCUGAAAAGAGUAAUUCAGGGAACAACCUUCAGUCAUAAGUUACACAUUAUUUAUCUGGUGAAUGACGUCUUACAUCAUUGUGCAAGAAAAAAGUCUAUGGAUCUCCGCAAAGCAAUGGAAAGUGUUGUUGUUCCCAUGUUCUGUAACACUUCACUAGCUGCAUCCGAAGAUCAGCUUAAUAAGUUGAAUAAACUGUUGAGUUUGUGGGAAUCAAAGAAUAAUUAUUUUGACGAAGGCAUCGUAGAUAAGUUGAAACAACCAAGCGCAUCCUGGUCAGAAUACCAAGCUAAUUUGGUAGCGCAACACACUACCGCGAUUACUCCUAUCACAGCAUCAACGAAACAGACAUUCGAUAAUUAUCAAGCUCAGCAUCAAGCAUUUGUCACUCACGCACUGAGACAGAUCCAGAAUAUCGAGCAACAAAAGAUGGCAAUAGAUCAGCAAUUAAAAGCUCCGCCGCCGCCGCCCCCGCCGCCUCAAAUGAGUCAGCAAAAUAUGUCAAUGCCACCUAGUCAUUCUGGUCCGCCGAACACAAUGGGUACAGAUGUGAAUUUCAGUCAACCACCACCAGGUUGGGGUGUUCCACCCUCGAACGAACCGCCGCCGUUUAGCAAUGUUCCUUUGCCGGAUUUCUCGAAACCACCACCGGGUUUUGGACCGCCACCAGUUAUCCACGAACCUUCUGUGGAGGAUUUGAUGCCUAGUAUGCCUUAUUUUGAACUUCCAGCGGGUUUAAUGGUACCACUGAUAAAGCUAGAAGAUGGUGAAUAUAAGCCAUUGGAUCCAGACGCGAUAAGACUUCCACCACCAGCUCCUCCAAGUGAUCGUUUAGUUGCAGCUGUAGAAGCAUUUUAUGCACCACCAAAUCAUGAUUCUCCCAGAGAUAGUGAUGGAUGGGAAAAAUUAGGAUUAUAUGAGUACUACAAAGCGAAAAAUGGCGCCCGCAAGCGUAAAGAAGAGGACAUUGCUGCUGGUAUUAGGCAGAAAUCAAAAUCUCCAUCACCGAUUUUACGACCGAGAUCUAAAAGUCCUAGUCCGCCAAAGAAACGCUACCGGAGUAAAUCACGCAGCAGAUCACGAUCGCGGUCACGAGGCAGAAGUAGAUCGAGAUCGCCCGCAACUAAUCACAGACGCAACAGUCGCAACAGCAAUCACGUUAAUAGAAGUCGAAGGAGAAGAAAUAGUAAUAAAGAUCGCAGUCCCGAUAGGAGAAUGGAUAGACAGGACAGAAGCCCAACUCCUCCUAGUUUUCUUGGCUCCACUUAUAGUAAAGUUCCACAAGAGAUUAGUUUGGAUGAGAGUAAUAAAGGACAUCAAUUACUCAAGAAAAUGGGUUGGAGCGGUGCUGGCCUCGGUGCGAACGAGCAGGGCAUUGAGGCCCCUAUUUCAGGAGGCGAGAUUCGUGAUAAGAAUGAUCAAUACAAAGGAGUCGGUAUCAAUCUGAACGAUCCGUAUGAGACUUUCCGAAAAAACAAAGGCCAAGCGUUUAUCACUAGAAUGAAAGCUAGAGCAGAAGAACGAGCUGAAGAGAGAGGGGAUCGUGAUUGAAUGCAAUUGAACGCUAUUAUUAAAAUGAAAAUUCCAAAUGUUUACGAUACUUUGUGAAUAGGGCAGAUAUCUGACACGAGAUAUUAAGAACGUUCUUGUUCUAUAUUGAUCAUCCAUUCACAAUGCCAAAAAAUUUAUGCUACUGCCUAUGAGGGCUAAUUUUCAAGAUCGACAUAAUUUUUUGACUCUCAAGCUGUUGUCUUUCAUUAAUUCUGAAUUCCCAUUGCACAUCACCAAUUUUGUAAACUGUAACAGUGGACGCAGAUUAUUUUAUAUUGAAAUCGCACUGAUUAUUUUUAUCGGGAGCUAUCUUCAUUACAAUCUUACAAUUAGAUGAUGACCUGACGACUAGUGUCAUGUGGAGUUAAAUUGUACAUUUUUAAUAUAGAAAUUAUGAAUGUAAUUAAGAUUGAUUUCAAGCUUAAUGUGUGAAUUAAAAAUGAUAAAAUAUUCAAUCUUGUUACGAAAGAUUGAUGAAAAAGAUUAAUCGGCUUUAUAAUCUUAUAUUGAAAAUAUUUAAAACGCCAAGCGCGUAAUCAUCACAUCGGUCGACACAAACCUUCGGUCCUAUUUAAUAUAUUAAUUAUAUUCUAUACAUAUAUAUACAUAAUGAAUAAAUUUUGUUCCAUUUUCAUCCAUUAUUGGAAUGAUAGGACGAUACUCGACUCACAGCAGAAGUACAAUUCGUUUUGUGCCGUAAAAUAACAUGGGCGUAAGAAACGUGAGAAAUAAGAAUACUUGUAUCUAGUAAGUUAACAAAUGAUUAUAUUGGAUACACUGAACGAUAGCUCAAGAAUAAAAACUGUACAUUUAUUACAAAAGCAAA